AGCUAUGAAAAGAUGACAAUAAAUAAUCACUUUAACCCUAACAAAGGGUCAACUGGACCGAGUGAGCGCAUAUCUUAUCCGUCGUCCGCACCAGUCAGCGUGAAAGUUGGUUAACUCCGCCCUCGUUGCCGCCGGUGGAGCGGUGCCUGUCGGACGCGUCACCACACCUCACACAACCAACUUGGAUGUGGUAAUUGUAGAUUUGUGUUCCAGGGGAUGCAGGCUCAGCCCCACCACAGCCUUUGAAGGUCUCCCACAUGAUUUGUACAGAGCAUUUCAAUAAAUGAGCUGAUAAAACUAACUAACUAAAAUCCCUUGACUGUCAGUGUCUGGCUGAGUGUUUUGGUGUUAUUCCCGUGUGGUGUCGGCAGAGAGCAGCAAGUGCUCCUCCUCUGUCUGCUUCAUGUGAUGCUCGUCUGUCACAGCGGUCGACAAGGCAAAGCUGGUGCACUUCUUGGGAUUAUUUAUUCUUGAUAAUAUGUCUCUGUACCGAAAUGCCAUCUGGUUUUUGAACGGAAUCCACCAAUAUACCAGGAAGGGAUAUGAGGCAGCAUUUAAAGACUUUGAGCCCCAAGACCUAGAUGUGUCCGUUGUGGGAAGGUCUUUUAUGAUCACCGGCGCCAACAGUGGAAUUGGCAGAGCAACAGCCAUGGCUAUAGCCAAGAAAGGUGGGACAGUGCACAUGGUGUGUAGGAACAAAGAUAAAGCAGAAGAGGCCAGGGUGGACAUCACUAGUGAGUCUGGGAAUACGGAGGUAUACAUUCAUAUUGUGGACAUGUCAGAGACACGCAAAGUCUGGGAGUUUGCUGAGGCCUUCAAGAAGCAGUAUCCAGCCUUGAAUGUGUUGAUAAAUAAUGCAGGGUGUAUGGUGCACAAGAGAGAGCUUAACACUGAGGGCCUGGAGAAGAACUUUGCUACAAACACUAUGGGAGUGUACAUCCUCACUGAGAGUCUCAUACCACUUCUACAGAAGAGCCGGGAUCCAAGGGUGAUCACUGUGUCCUCAGGAGGCAUGCUGGUCCAGAAACUCCGAGUCGAUGACUUGCAGUCAGAGAAGGGCGACUUUGAUGCCGUCAUGGUCUACGCCCAGAACAAGAGACAGCAGGUAGUGCUGACACAACAGUGGGCCAAAGCUUACCCACUCAUUCACUUUUCUGCCAUGCAUCCAGGCUGGGCAGAUACACCAGCCGUUUCUACAUCAAUGCCUCAGUUCCACCAGAUGAUGGGGGAGAGGCUGCGCAGUGCAGAGCAAGGAGCUGACACGGUUGUGUGGUUGGCCUUGUCUAGAGCCGCCGCCAGAACAUGUGGCGGGCAGUUCUUUCAAGAUCGUACUCCGGUUCCUGCCCACCUGCCUCUGGCCUGGACUCACAGUUCUGCUGAAGAGAUUCAGAGUUUCAUGACUCAGCUGGAGACUUUGGCCAGAGCCAUAGGUCACAACCUGAUGUAGAGCUCAUUCAAGACCUCAAGCUGUCUGAAUUCUGAUACAAACGUUACACCAUAUAUUAAGUGACAAAUUAAUGCAUUAGCUUAAAUAAGAUACAUUUCUGAAUAAAAAAAACUAAUUCUACACAGCAUUAUGUUCAGGACAGUGCAUAGCUCAGUGUCACCGGAUUAAUCUGUGAUGUCAACAUGUGGUAACUGGACUGUUUGCAUUGAAAAUGUACUAUUGAAUUAAAGACAGAAGUAGUUGAU